UGAACUAAGCUCAUAAUUAUAGAGGAAAUGGUUGAGAUUCCUAGGCUGCUCAAAUUCUCAACAGCCAGUUCAAAACCCAUUAGUCACAGUGCAGAGUGAGCUGAGGGUUUAUCGCGCUGCGCACCAUCGCUUUGAAUUAGUAAACUGGCUGGAUUGCACUGGUGAGAAAGGAAAUGGACACCGUUACACAGAUUGCCAAGGAUGAGCUGGAAGAGCUCAGAGAAGCUUUUGCUAAAGUUGAUCUCAACAGCAAUGGCUACAUUUGUGACUCUGAACUCCAUGAUCUUCUCCGUGAAGCCAAUGUUUCAUUGCCAGGAUACAAAAUAAGAGAAAUCGUUCAGAAACUAAUGACCGAAGGUGACAAAGACAAAGACUGCAGGAUCAGCUUCAAUGAAUUUGUUUCUAUUGUUCAAAAUCUGAAAAGUAGUCAUGUUGCAAAAACGUUCAGAAUGGCAAUCAACAGGAGAGAAGGCAUCUGUGCUAUUGGCGGUACCUCGCUUCAGUCAAGUGAAGGAACUCAACAUUCUUAUUCAGAAGAGGAAAAGUAUGCCUUUGUUAACUGGAUAAACAAGGCUUUGGAAAAAGAUCCAGAUUGUAGUGGAAUGCUGCCUAUGGAUCCCAACACAGAUGCUCUGUUCAAAGCUGUCGGCAAUGGCAUUGUACUCUGCAAAAUGAUCAACCUCUCUGUGCCAGAUACAAUUGAUGAAAGAACUAUCAACAAAAAAAAGCUCACGGCAUUUACCAUUCAGGAAAACCUGAAUCUUGCCUUGAACUCUGCUUCUGCUAUUGGUUGCCAUGUUGUCAAUAUCGGUGCUCAAGACUUGAGAGAAGGGAAACCGCAUUUGGUCUUGGGACUUCUGUGGCAGAUCAUCAAAAUUGGGCUGUUUGCAGACAUUGAACUCAGCAAAAAUGAAGCUUUGGUGGCUCUGCUCCGUGAUGGCGAGAGUCUGGAGGAUCUGAUGAAGUUGUCCCCAGAAGAACUGCUGUUACGAUGGGCUAAUUACCACUUGGAGAAUGCUGGCUACCCGAAAAUCAACAACUUCCACUCAGAUAUCAAGGAUUCAAGGGCCUAUUAUCACCUCCUGGCUCAGAUUGCACCGAAAGGUAAUAAAGAAGGAGAAUCACGCAUUGACAUCAAUAUGUCGGGCUUCAAUGAGAAAGAUGACCUGAAGCGAGCUGAGUACAUGUUACAAGAGGCGGACAAACUGGGGUGCAGACAAUUUGUCACCCCAGCAGAUGUUGUCCAGGGGAACCCAAAACUGAAUUUGGCAUUCGUAGCUAAUCUGUUCAACAAGUAUCCAGCGCUUGAAAAGCCUGUGAAUCAAGACAUUGAUUGGAGCUUGCUGGAAGGUGAAACCCGUGAAGAAAGGACUUUCCGCAACUGGAUGAACUCGCAAGGGGUAAAUCCAGCAGUGAACCAUUUGUACAGUGACUUAGUUGAUGCUCUCGUGAUAUUGCAGUUGUAUGAAAAAAUCAAGGUCCCAGUUGACUGGAACAAGGUGAACAAGCCACCAUAUCCCAAACUAGGUGCUAAUAUGAAAAAGCUAGAAAACUGUAAUUAUGCAGUGGACCUGGGAAAGGAGCGAGCAAAGUUUUCCUUGGUGGGCAUUGCUGGAACAGAUUUAAAUGAUGGAAACUCAACGCUAACUUUAGCCUUGGUCUGGCAGCUGAUGAGAAGGUAUACACUGAACGUUCUUGAAGAAUUGGGUGAUGGUCAGAAAGUCAACGAUGAUAUCAUUAUCAAUUGGAUAAAUACAACAUUGAAAGAUGCAGGCAAGUCAUCUACAGUCCAAAGUUUUAAGGAUAAGAACUUAAGUUCGAGUCUGCCGAUACUGGAUUUGAUUGAUGCCAUUCAACCUAACUCUGUUAACUAUGAACUGGUAAAGACUGGAGACCUUUCUAAUGAAGAUAAGCAAGAGAAUGCAAAAUAUACUGUAUCAAUGGCCAGGAAAAUUGGAGCCCGUGUAUACGCCCUUCCAGAAGACUUGGUGGAAGUGAAGUCCAAGAUGGUUAUGACGGUUUUUGCCUGUUUGAUGGGAAGAGGAAUGAAGAGAGUGUAAAAGAGAGACAUUGAAUUAUAAAGCAAAUAAUUGUCCUUUCAGAUAUUUCCAGGUUGAAAUAUGCUGUUGGCAGAACUAGUUUUGAUUUUUUCGCUUUCCAAGACUGGAACAAGUUGCCUGGAAAGGAGACGAUUGCAUUUUUUUUUUUUUCCUUGAAGUGAUAAUACAUUAAUUUAGCAAAGUACACAAUGAAUUGUAUUCAUAUAUAAAUGCCAACAUGCUACACUUUAUCAGCACCAUCAGGUUUUUAUCUCCAUGGCGUGAAUAUGGGGCAUGUAUUAUGGUUGGACAUGGAUCAUGCUGGGCUUUAUUUUUGUAGGUAGAUUUAUUUUUGGGUAAUUGGUAUUGUAAUUAAGGUUUAUUGGGUGGUAUUUUUUUUAAGCAAAAAACCAAUGAUAAGUCUUUCACAUUUUGACAAUCACUGCCCUUUGCAUUUUUUCUCUCGUGUAAUAUUAAUUGCACGUAUUUAAACCCUGCGUUGCUACGUUUCAGUAACACUUUCAGUUUUUGCGUGUAAAAGUUAGCAAUUUUGAGGUUCCAAAGACAGUUAUAGACCAUAAACAUUUUUCCUCUUGAUUGAUGAAGAGAUUAUGUAUUUUCUGCAAUUUGUUUUUAAAGGUCACCUGGCCCCUCUAAUUCUCCAUGCUAGAUACUGAUUUCAGUGCAUUCCUUAGUCCGAAUAAUUAUGAAUCAUAAUUUUACCAUGUUUCAUUGUCUUAAGAAUGUUUUUAUGAAAAACAAAGCAAAAGCUGCAUGAGAGAUUAAUACAUUUUAUUUAAAAUAUUAUGCAAUCAUUUUAUGCAGAGAAGUGCCAAAGUUCUUAUGUUCUGAGAACUGUCAGAAUUAAAUAUAUUGGAAAUGUGGGACCUUUGAGAUGCUUUGGUACAUUGCAGGUAUGUUUCAUAAGUUUGAGGUGUGUUUUACAUCCAGGGAUUUAGCAUUUACUAAUCUAAAUUUUUAAUUGCGGAGCAAAGCUUUCAUUAAUAUUCAAUGGUAAUGGUGGCAAAAGUUGACAUUAAACGUUUUGAUAUGUA